UGCAGUGUUCCCAUCCGGUCAGCACGGAGCAGGAAGUCUGGUGCACUUACUUCCGCAGGGAUGGGGUUGCUAAUGACAACGGCUGCGGGUCGCGAACUGCGGCCUCCAUGGCGCUCCUGAUCCGCGAUCUACAGCGGGCAGUACCGCUCCGCCGGGCCCGGCUUCGGCGAGACUGCCAGAUCUUGCGCCAGAUUCUUGGCCUAGGCCGCUUCGACCUGGGGCUGAUCUGUGUGGACGACCGGAGGAUGCGGAUCUUGAACGGACGUUACCGGGGACGGGACGCGGCCACCGACGUGUUGUCCUUCCCCUUCCACCCGGAUCUUGGAGUAGGAGAUAUGCCCAAACCCUUACAUCAGGAUGAAUAUAACCUUGGAGAUAUCUUCUUAGGAGUAGAAUACAUCUACAGACAAAGCCAAGUUCAUGGGCAAGACUUCUACAAUGUACUAACUGUAACUACAUUACAUGGAAUCUGCCAUCUGCUGGGCUAUAAGCACAGUACAGAAACUGAAUGGAAACAGAUGUUCCACAGAGAAUCCAACACCCUUCAGUUGUUUAAUAGACUCACUGGGUCUAACCUUCAGCCAUUAACCCAGAACAGCUUCUAACCACAAUAGCGGGUAGAACAGCUAGGUAUCACUUGAGUUUCAGUGCUAUGACUAAUGGGCUGUCCCUCUCAAAAAAUAAAUAGUGUGUAUUUUUGGAUUAUGAAAGACAUUUCUUUGUGCUAUGCAAAUAAAUUUAUCAAUAUUUUUGGAUUUUUAUUUGUUUGUCGUUUUCAAGAAAAGUCAUCCAUGUUAAAGUUCAAGGUGGAUUGGAUGGAGAGUAAAGCAAAUCUUCUUCUUGCCCUAUCUAUUGUGUAGUGCAAGAGGGCCUUUUAAAUUCAAAGUUUACAGUAUUAUUUGGUAAGUCAAGGUAACACACCAGCCCUCAUCAAGGGAUCAGAAAUGGAAAGAGCGAGCAAUUUCAAGUUCUUUGGUGUCAACACCUUUGAGGAUCUAACCUGGGCCCAACAUAAUGAUGCAAUUACAGAGAAGGCACGACAGUGGCUAUAUCACAUUAGGAGUUUGAGGAGACUUGGUAUGUCACCAAAGACACUCAAAAAUUUCUACAGAUGUACCAUAGAGAGCAUUCUAGCUGGUUGCAUCAGCAUUUGCUAUUGAGGAGCCACUGCACAGGAUUGGAAAAAGCUGUAAACUCAGCCAGCUUCAUCGUGGGCACUGGCAUCCCCAGCAUCCAGGACACCUUCAAAAGACGGUGCCUCACAAAGGCGGCAUCCAGUAUGAAGGACCCCCAUCACCCGGCUCAUGGCCUCUUCUCAGUGCUGCCAUCAGGGAGGUGGUACAGGAGCCUGAAGACACACACUCAAUAUUUCAGGAACAACUUCUUCCCCUCUGCCAUUAAAUUUCUGAAUGGACAAUGAACUUGUGAACACUUCCUCAUAUUUCCCCCUCUCUUUUUGCACUACUUAUUUAAUUUAGUUUUUUAUGUUCUUAUAUUGUAAUAUAGUGCUUUUAUUACUAGGUAUUGCGAUGCACUGCUGCCGCAGAACAGCAAAUUUCACAGCAUACUGUAUGCGGGUGUUUUUUCAUUCCCACUGCAACCAUCCUUUCUUCAUUAAAUGACAUUACCCAUGAGUUCCUGCGUCCAUUCCUGCCUGCGUAAAUGGUUUUUGUUAGUUAGAUCCUACCUUCAACAAAUAGGUUGGGACAUUUCAAAUAAACUAUAUUUAUCUGAAAUUUAAAAGUAUAUAAUUUCACAUGUAAUAUAAUAUUCCAUAACUCUAGAAAUUAACCUCUACCUCAGACAAAUGAAGUUAUUUUUAUUAAUGAUUAAUGGAAUGCAGAUUAGUGGAAUGGAACAAUAACUCCAGAUUUAUUGCUUGUCUCUGGUCAUGGGGCCUCUGCAUUCUCAUGAUUUGAAACAAUUGGGUGAUGUGCUGGUUUUAGGUUUCUUUUCCUAUAUGACAAUAGCCAACAAAAAAAUAUAUAUUUUUGUAUAAAAUUCCAGCAGCCUCGUUGUCAAUUUUUCCCACACCAAGUUUUUUUCCAGAAUUUUAGCUGAAAUCAAAUGUUCAAAUUGCCAUAGUGGAUUUGAACUCUUGUUUCCUAUUUUAUUUAUCCAGGGAAACACAUAACAGGCCAACCCUAACAACCACUACUUCCAUUGCAGUCAGUUUUCCAUGAGUAUCCUGGAUGCAAUGUUAUAGAAUUGAAUCCAAAAAUAUAAAGCACCUUUCAAACAUGAAAAGAUUUUAUUCCCCAUGUAUAGCAUUGGCAGCUUUUAAAGGCCGUAAAAUAAUAAUGAUUUGAAAAAGUACAUAUGCAGUUCUACAACUUGCUGUACAAAAAUGAAGAUCUGUUAAUAAACAUUUAAUGUGUU